AUGAGUGAUGAGGAAGAAGUGAAUGAAGGUGAGGGCAAACGAACUUCAAGAAAGGAGCUCAAAAGGCUAAUUUAUGAAGCUAGAAAGAUAAGGAGCAAAGAGAAAGGCUAUUUUCAGUUGAUUGGUAAUCGUGGUUACUGCGUCAAGUACCUCAAGAUCACACCAGAAAAUGUAUCAGCGAUAUCUCAAACACAUACUACAUCAAAUAAGCCUAAGAAGCGUAAAAAGAUUACUACAAAGGAACAAUUGGAUACCAUAGCAAAUUGCAUGGGAGAAAUACGGCAGCACGCCCUUAAAAAUGAUGAACUGAAGUUGAUGAAAUUGCUUAAUUGCAAUGGCACCAAUUUUCAUGACAUUAAUCGGAUGAAGGAGAUUGAGAAGGCAGGUCUGGCAGUACCUACCGAAUUGAGUAAGUUUGUCGACAAGAAACUGAAGAGAAUGAAGAAUAGGAGAGACAGAAUAGCUUCUUUCCCCAUAAAAUUAAUAGUUUCUAAUCAAAAAGUUGUAAAUAAACCGGUUCAGAAACCAAUGAUUCUAGCACCAAUGCAGAGUGCCAAAUUGCCCAUUAAACAAGUAAAUUACAAAAGUGUCAUUGUGAAAAGGGAUAGUAAAAUCGAAGAUAGCCGGGCUAAAUUGCCUAGUGUGAUGAUGGAAAGUGAGAUUAUAGACUCUAUACUGCAUAACCAUGUGACAAUAGUUACAGGGGACACCGGAUGUGGCAAAUCCACUCAAAUACCACAAUUUUUGUAUGAAAACGGAUUUUGCCACGAAGGAACUAUAAUUGGGGUGACUCAGCCACGCAGAGUUGCCUGUAUUGCUGUAGCUAAUCAGGUAAGAUUAGAAAUUGGUGAUGAAACACUGGUAGGUUUUCACAUAAGAAACCUCAGAGAUAAUGUAAAAAAUUGUAAAAUCAAGUUCAUGACUGAGGGGAUAUUGCUUCAGGAAGUUAGAAAUGAUUUGUUGUGUAAAAAGUAUUCGGUGAUAAUAAUUGAUGAGGCACAUGAGCGAUCGCUAAAUUGUGACAUACUUAUCGGAAUACUUUCUAGAGUAAUAGUUUCUAGGUGGAAGAGAUUUGAAUCAAACGGAAGUAUCCCUCUUAAGCUGGUCAUAAUGUCAGCCACAAUAAAUGUUGAACAGUUUGUUAGAUGUGAGAUAUUUAAGAAUUUGGCUGUUAAUCAUAUCCACAUUUCCACACUUAAGCAAUCAACAGUGUCAAUACAUUACCUAAAGAAGACUAGCGAGAAUUAUUUAGAUGAGGCAAAAAAAGCUGUGAUAAAGAUACACUCUAAAUUUCCCAGGGGGAGUAUUCUAGUUUUUGUAUGCGGAAAAGAUGAAAUCAAAAUUCUCGCUCGUAGUUUGGCCAAACAAACUAAUACUAGAGUGAACGGAGAAAGUGGUCACGAUAUUGAAUCUUGCUCAUCAGAUAAUUCCUCAGAUGAAUCUAGUGUAUAUAGUAUCGGUGACGAUGAGCGUGAGUUGUCUAAUAUGUGGAAAGGAUCUGAUGGUACUGGAACUCUAAAAAUUGUAUCCCUUCAUGCAUCCCAAGCGCCUCAUGAACAGAAUAUCGCGUUUUCAAAUCCAAAAGAUAGUGAAAGGGUGGUAAUUAUCUCGACAAAUGUUGCCGAAACUUCUAUCACCCUCCCUAAUAUUAGAUAUGUGGUGGAUUGUGGUAAGGAGAAGAGGAAAAGUUACACAUGUGGAGCGACCAUAUCAAAAUUCGUAAUUGGAGAUAUUUCCCAAUCUUCUGCUGACCAGCGUGCUGGUAGAGCUGGUAGAUUAGGUCCUGGUCAUUGCUAUCGUAUGUAUUCAUCGAGUGUAUAUGACCACAUAUUCAAACCAUAUACACAGCCUGAAAUAGAUAUGUGCCCAUUGGAUGGCACGUUGCUAUUUUUGUGCAGCCUUGGUAUAGUUAAUUUGGAUUCAUUCCCGUUUUUAACGGCACCCACAAUAGAUAAUAUAAAUCGCACAGUAAAAAGAUUAGUAGGUCUGGAUGCUUUGGCAAUUGAUGGUGACAAAGUCAAUAUUACAAUGAUGGGUAAGGCGAUGUCAGAGAUCCCAAUUGAACCGCGUUAUUCCCGAAUGAUUCUAACCGCAAUGUCCAAGCAUGCUGGUGGCGGUUUAGUUUGGUAUACUUGUUUGGUUGCUUCAAGUUUGUCACUAGGACUGUUGGUUGAUAAACCUAAGUAUGGGGAUUUUGACAAUGACAUACACAUGUACCUAACGUUAUGUAUACAAUUUAGUAGAGUGGAUUUGAUGGAUAGGUGCAUGUGGUGUGUAGAAUCUGGCAUUAAUUACAAGUCAAUUGUAGCAAUAAUUGAUUUGGCUAGCCUCUUAUUGGAAGUUUGUAACACUAGUUUCAACAACACCGGCAACGGUACAGCUUUUGAGAAAUGUAAUGAAAUUCCAAACGAUGUGCAAUUGAACUUGUUAUAUGAUGUUGUUCUGAAUGGACUGGUGGAUCAAAUUGCAAUACUGGAGUGCGAGGUUAGCAAAUUGUAUACAACAUUGGUAGAUGGUAUGCAUGCCAAAAUACAUGGAAAUAGUCGUUGCAAUGAUAGGAAGCACCAGCUUAUUGCCUAUAAUGGUAUUGUGGAAAAUAACGGGAAUCAUUUGACUGGAGUGCUGCCCGUGGAUAAGGAAAUGAUUGCCAGGGUAGAUUCAACGUUAGUUGAAACUAUGGGAGAACCGCAAGCAAUUCCGCCGCCGCUUUACAUUGCCGAAAUUGACUGUACUGUUGGUUACGUUACUAGAGUAUACAAGCCCAGUCAUCUAAAUCUAGGCGUCAUCAGAUAUCCCAUCAAAGGAGAUGUUGCUAGUAUGUGUUUUGGAAGGGCACUAGUAACUGGUAAAGUUUAUCAACACAUCAAUAACCCAAGUGUCUAUGAUGAUGUAGUAAAUCAUUUGAUGGAAUUAAAGUGUCACAACAGGUGCCAUUUGGAGGAGAUUUUGAAGGUAUGUAAGGGCAGAAGUGCUAGAAGGCUGGGAGAGUUGCUUAAUUUGUAA